AUGGCUGCAGUAAGUCUGUUGAAGCAAGGGGAUCAUAUUUUGUGUUCUGAUGACAUUUAUGGUGGAACAACUCACAUUUUGUUAGAUAUAGCCCCCCGGUUUGGUAUUUGCACCUGCCAUUUGGAUCUAACUAAUUUAAGCAACUUAGAACAAGCUAUCACUCCGAAAACUAAGUUAAUAUGGACCGAGAACCCAACUAAUCCCAAACAGAAGGUGAUCGACUUAUGUUCUCUUUCAAAAAUAGCAAAGGAGAAGAAUAUUCUUGUUGUAACCGAUAAUACAUUUUUAAGUCCAUUUCUACAAAGACCUAUAGAACUUGGAGUGGACAUAUCAUUGCUUUCGUUAACGAAAUAUAUGAAUGGCCACAGUGAUGUCAUAAUGGGUUCUGUGUGUACAAAUAGGAAGGAUUUGUACAAGAAACUUAAAUACAUACAAACCAAUUUUGGUCAUGUACCCUGUCCCUUCGAUUGUUAUCAAGUCAUUAGAGGUCUGAAGACAUUACCUUUUCUCAUGAAGAAGCAUCAGUUUAAUUCAAUGGAAAUUGCAAAGUACCUAGAGAGUCAUCCCAAAAUCGAAUCUGUUUUACAUCCAGGGUUGCCGUCUCAUCCACAAUAUGAACUAUUUAAAAGCCAAACAAGUGGGUACAGCGGAAUGGUUUCCUUUUAUCUAAAAGGAGGAGUAGAAGAGUCUCAAAAAUUUAUGAACGGUCUUCGGUACUUUACACAGGCUGUAAGUUUAGGGGGAUAUGAAAGUCUAGUGGAAAUGCCGUUACUAAACAGUCAUCAUAAUAUACCGGAAGAGCUACAGAAAAGGAUGAAAUACACGGGAAAUUUAAUUCGAAUGUCAGUUGGACUUGAAAAUGUAUGUGAUCUAAUUGAAGAUUUAGAAAAUUCCUUAGCGAACAUGUAA